AUGACAGGCUUAGUAGCCUUGACAGUACCAUCUGCGACUAAAGUGCUGUUGCUGCUGGAAUUAUUGCCCCUAACAGCCGCCUUUAGCUGGACAUUCCAAUCUGCCCCAACUCAAUGCCAAAACCUUUCUAUCUCUAUCUCUGGUGGAGGAACUCCCCCAUAUAGCGUCCUCAUCAUUCCUUCAGGCUCGACACCGUUUACGAAUGGUACAGAAGUUCGAAAAAUCAUUAGCCAGCAAUUUUCGUCAAAUUCAGUCAGCUUUCAACUAGCUUAUCCAGCGGAGAGUCAGCUAGUUGCGGUGGUUAGUGAUGCGACCGGAUUUGGCACUGGAGGCACUAGUGCUGAGGCCGAAGUUGUCUCUUCAUCCGACAGCAGCUGCAUAGACGCUAGUAAAUCUGUUGUACCCGAUUGGUACUUGAACCUCGACCCGUCUAAUCAGCUUGUUCAAUGCACGGCCACAAGAAUAUGGUGGACUGAAAGCAAUGUUUCAGGAACCCCAUUCUUUUUUGGUGUUAUUCCUGGCGGUGAUUCCUUUGUGAUUCCUGAAAGCAAUGUCAAUACCACAUCCGAUACUGGCACUGGUUUCUCUUGGACACCCAAUGUCCGUGAGGGAACAACUAUGCAUAUUGUCGGUAAUGAUAAUAACGGCAAUGGCACGGGUGGUAGCUCGCGUCUGACGGUCGGCCAAAACCUCCAGAAUGACAAUUCUUGUUUGAACAACAACAGUCCGAGCUCAACGGCUGGAACUCCAGCUGGUGGCUCCUAUCCCACGGACACAAGCGGAGACUCGUCUGGCGGAUCUAGUACCACUAGCAAUACUAAUGUAGGUGCAAUUGUAGGCGGUGUAGUGGGUGGUGUUCUCGGGCUCCUCGCACUUCUCUUGACUUUCUACUUCAUCCGUCGUCGCACCAGGCAAAACCGCAAAAACAACGAAAAACCUGUGGAUCUGCUUCAAUCCGAUGAAGGAGACGAGCGACCUAACGGACCUGGCGAGCCUCCAGAAUACUACCGUCCCGAUCCAUUCAUUGUUCCUGAUCCUACCUACGAUGAGUCUUCAGCCAGCGCGAGUGGAAGACCAUUGAGUGCGAGCGAACGGCCCACAAGUAGAAGCGGCACUCCAGACGUCGCUUCCUCAUCUACCGGCACGAAGAAAACUGGAGCACCACGAGUACUUCGCCCCGUGAAUAUCAUCCAGCAUGACGACGCUGGCCCCAGUGAAGUUGGUGGAAAGAAAGAAGAGGAGCCCGAGACCAUUGAGCUGCCUCCUGCUUACACCAAUAUCAGGAAAUGA